UGUCUGGUUUAGGUAUGAGCAUAACCACAGAGACGGGAACAGACUCGAGCUCUAGGUCUGAAAGUGCUUCUGCACAGUGCACUGCUACAGGAACUGUCUCACAGAGAUCAGAGGCAUGAGGUCACAAAGCACACAGACAAGAAUGAGAUGAAAAUAACAAGCACAGAGGUUUCACAUCAGAGUGACAUAUUCACCAAAAAUGUUACUUUUUUAUCAUCAUAAGUGAAAACCAUGGGUGCAUUGAAAAUAUAGCAGUACUGCUGAAAGGUCAUGCAUGUAGCAGAUGUGAUGGCGUCCUCUUGCACGCACAUGCUGAUUCUACACGUUCUACUCUACGGCUUUGUCUUCACGAGCUCCUCCGCAGAAGAGAGCACCUUGUUUGUGUCAGUGUCUGUUGGUGAGGUGGCUACUAUACAGUGCAGCCCCAGACAUGAGCCACAGGACGGAGUGCGUGUUCACAAAUUCAUGCAUAAAAAUCAGACGGUGUCCUAUUUCUACAAAGAUGGAACGUUUACCCCAAAGCCACCAUAUAAUGGCAGAUUAGACUCAAACAAAAACUUGUCCAACUUCACUUUGUCCAUCCACAAUGUGACAGUGAGAGACUCCGCUGUUUACUGGUGUACAUUUAACAAAGAGGAAACAGAAAGUUUAAGCAAGGAGAGGUAUCUGUUAGUAGUGUCAGGAAAGGAAAUCCAGUGUCCUGAGGGACAGGGACACUUGAAUCAGACACUCAUCCUUGUGUGUGUGAUUACAGCCGUCUCUGUGUUCCUGUCAAUCAUCACCAUCAUUCUGCUCAGUGGGAUUCCAAAGGUCAAGCGAUGUUGUGAGCGUAGGAACUACACCUCUACUCAACAGCCUUCUGACUCUGGAUCCACACAUGUUCAGCAGCCUUUAAACUCUGAGUACGAGGUCAUGCGCGCCCACCAGCCAUACAAGCUAGAUCUGCUUAUCAACCCAGCAUACGAGUCCACCAACAAAUACACUGUUCCAAAUAAAGCGUGACAACCGCAGAACUUCAAAACCAGUGGCCAACAUGUCACAAAGCCUGUGGUUACCUGUGAUGAUAAACUUUGUCUUAGACUCAGAGAACAUAGUGCGGCAUCUCUAAACACCUAUAAACUGACUGUGAAAUUGAAACUAGGACUGAUCAGAGCUUGUUGAAGGAGGGUCUUUCUCAAACUCAAGCACGCUUUACAAAUAUCACUUUUUUUCUUCUUCUCCCAAAACCAAGCUCAGACCAAACACAGGCCCCAGGUUGACAUGACACACUCAGGAUGACCCACUCCCCAUUUAUCUCCUAGCUAACUCUUCAGUAUUAGCUAAUCUCAAACUAAUCAUCUUGCUUCUGGUAUAGACAGACAUUUUCACAAUGAAAGAAGCAUAAAUAAAACAGAAUAUUCUUAAGUGAAAUUAAUUUUAAAAAUUAAAAGUGAAAUCAAUUAAAAAUGCAACACUUGCUGUACAUUUGCUUCAUACAUUGACAUUUCUUAAAUAAACACUUGGAUUUGUU